GAGACGGGAGGAGGAGAGAAAUUUGGAAUGAGAUAAAGACCGGCAAUAGAGGGAUAAAGGCUGAUAAGGUUGCGUCGCACCGUCAGUUGCAGGAAGGGAAGAGUGGAGCCGUGUCCUGUCUGUGAUUUCUGCUGCAGCUUCUCUGCCACUGACCGACCGAUCCAAUGCAGAUGAUGUCAACAGAACACCUGACCCGCGGUUGGCUGCAGCAGCUGCUCGUCCUGCUAGUGAAGCUUUGCCUCGCUUUUGCUGGCCCUUUGCGACCACUCAAUGGGACAGAGUGCGCGGCCAAGAGUCCUGCUUCAUACAUCGUGGUCUUUACAGGUCACUGGAGCCCGCAGGCCUUCCCCAAGCAGUAUCCGCUUUUCCGGCCCCCUGCACAGUGGUCCAAGCUCAUAGCGGUCAGCCACAAUCGCCAUUUUCGGCUAUGGGAGGAGGGCGCUCCAGCCAGCGCAGGGGUGCAGAGCUUCGCAGAAGUCGGGGUGACGGUGGAGCUGAUGAAGGCGGCCAAGGAGGCCAGGAAGAGACGCGCGGUCGGCGCCAUGUACCGGACGGCUGGCAUCCCUAACGGCAUCGGGCACAGCUCCACGGAGAUGCUCAUGCAGCCCAGGAACUCACUGGUGUCCCUGAUGGUGAAGAUGAUCCCCAGCCCCGACUGGUUUGUUGGGGUGGAUGGCCUAAAUCUUUGCGAGGGCAACCAGUGGAAACAGGAAGUGACCAUUGACCUCCAGCCUUAUGAUGCGGGGACGGACAGUGGAUUCACUUUCUCAUCCCCCAACUUCCCCACCAGCCCCCCAGAAAACAUCACAAAGAUCACGUCUCAGAUGCCGAACCACCCAGCCAACUCCUUCUACUAUCCACGCGUAACGGAGCUCCCACCCAUUGCCAGCAUAAAGAUCACUCGACAGGGCCGGUCAUCGAAUCGUCAAACCCUGAUGUCCAACCACAUUCUGCCCAACUCCAUCAGUCCCCAGCGCUUCUCAGUGACGCCACUGGACUGCGAAGUGUCCCUGUGGUCUUCUUGGGGCCUGUGUCUCGGCCCCUGCUCCAGGGGCGGCGUUCGACACCGCACACGUUACAUCCUCUUGCGGCCGGCCAACGCUGGCACCCCCUGCCCUGAGCUGGAGGAGCAGGCUGAAUGUGUACCGCACAGCUGCAUGAAACUCCAGUAACCCACAGAGUGCACAUGCUAGCACGAGUACUGCCAGUAUUUAACACUGGGACCUUCAUGUUAUGACUGCUGGACUGAGAAAUGUUGCUGCGUCUCUUUGAUUAAUGUAAACGAUUGUUUUUGUCUUUGUUACAAAGUGUGAGAUAAGCUGCAUUGCCGUUGAAGGCCAUCGGUUUUAGAGUGAAUACUUCUCUGGGUGUAUUUUAACAGCUUUAAAGGGGAACUGAAGCCUGAUUGUGACUGGACGGGUAUAAAGGCUUGAGAAAACAACGUUCUGGUGGUUAAAGGGUUAGGAUUAUAAACUGCUGAAGAUACGGAGAUACACGGCGAAUGUGUGCCCUCAAAGACCUGUGCAAAACUUUUUAUGCUUCGUCAUCAGUGCGCUGAUGGUGGCACACCACAUUUUACAAUGGGCAUCUUCAACAAACACGCUCUUGCAUAAAUUCACACAUGUGCACGCAGGAAUCUCCGCACAAAGGUCCUUGCACAGACCGCAUACCUUUACAGACGUGGAGGCUUUAGUUUACAUAGAUAACCUACACAUGCUUGGCACACGAAGCCUUUUCAAAAUAACCUCACACCCUGAUUUAUAAAUAUCACCUUUCGUAAGAACCACCUACUAGCUGACUUGAAUCUUUGAGCCAGUGCAAAGACGAUGGCGACUUUUAUAAGAAGAUGCAGAUUUUUAUAGAAAGAAAGAUACAUAUUUGUAUUACUAUCUCUUUUGAUAUUUCAUUGUUGAAAUUUUGUACAUACUGUAUGAUGUAUCUUAUCUUGUAUAACACAUGAAUAAAUAUGGAAGUGCGUUUUUCAAAUACAAAA